AAACCAAAACUCACUUGAAAAUCUCCACAUGAAAAAUCAAAUCAGCGUUCUAGGGUUCAGUCAAUCAUGGCGCGAAGAGUGAUGGGAUGGGCGGGCCGGCCCGAUUACAUGGGCGGCAUUCCAAGGAAGAUAGUGAUCGGAGCCGUCGGAACCUUGGCGAAGGUCUGGGUCAACUUCCUCAACUCCACCACCGUCCACAAUGCCGACACGCUUCUCAACCUAGUCCGCUCUCGCCCUACCGGCCUCCCUCUCAUCACUGUCAGCAACCACAUGUCGACCCUGGACGACCCGCUUCUCUGGGGAUUCAAGGGCUUCCCGAUUUGUGAUGUCAAUCUGUCGCGGUGGGUGUUGGCCGCGGAGGAUAUCUGUUUCAAGAAUCCGGCGCUUUCGUAUUUUUUUCGAUUGGGGAAGUGUGUACCGAUUACGAGAGGCGCUGGGAUUUAUCAGGAGCAUAUGAAUGAAGCUCUUGAAAGAUUGAGUGAAGGCGCCUGGUUGCAUACUUUUCCUGAAGGGAAGGUGUAUCAGGAAGACGCGCCUAUAAGAAGAUUGAAAUGGGGGACUGCUAGUCUCAUUGCUCGCGCUCCAGUAACCCCAAUAGUUUUGCCGAUUGUACAUAGUGGGUUUGAUCAGGUGAUGCCUGAUAAAUCUUCCCGUGGUAAAAGGCCUCCCUUUCCAUUACUCAAUAAGGAAAUUAAGAUAUUUAUUGGCGACCCAUUGGAAUUUGACAUUCCUAAAAUGAGGCAGGUGGCUACCUCUUUGUCUCCCAAAAUGGCACAUCCUUCUUUAGGAUGGCCUAGCCUUUGCCCAGGUGGUUUGGAUGAGGCAGCACAGAGAUGCUUGUACAGUGCAAUUUCAGAGAAAAUCCAAAUUGCCUUGGAGAGAUUACGAAUCUUUGGUAGAAGUUAUAAAAGAGAUCAGAAUCCGUGCUAGUUAGUUCUGUUGUCGCUUGGUAGAAGUUACAAUGUUGGUGGCUAGCCAUGGGGUCGAGGGUAUUUGGCUUCUUAUCGCUCUUGGUGUUUUCAACAUCAAAACUGAUUUGUUUUGGUUUUGGAAUUAAAUCUUGUGACACAGGUCGAUGCUGACGUAAAAUGUAACUGGGAAAGCUAAUACAGAGUGUACUGAAAGAGGUCACAUUUACGGCUGUUGCUGGGACGAUCAAUGGUGACUGCUGGCAGGUUUCUCCUGUAAAUGUGUCGACAGUGCAUGGUUGUUAUUCUUUAGGUAAUAGCUUAUUGUAAUCAUUAUGUAAUACAACUCAAGAAAUGCAAGCAUGUAUUUGCAUGAUUUAUUAAGCAAUCUAUUCUUUUCAUUAGAAAAGAGGAGUAUCGGAAGGUUAUUGUGGCCAAUUAGAAAUGUAAGAAAUAAAAGUGAUUUUUUUCAG